GCUGCCCGUCCUGCCUCCCGCUCCGCUGCCCGGCGGCGCCUCGCGCGGCUCCCGCGGAACGGAGCGGGCGGGACCAGGCGGGACGGGAUCCCCGGCGGGGCUCGGUGCGAGGCUGGACGGCCGGGGCAGGGGCCGGGGCCGGCCGGCGCUGGCGGCGGGGGGCGGCGGGGGCCCGGCGCGGCGCGGGGCCGGCGGGGCGCGGCGCAUGGCCGGGGCGGCGGCGGGGGGCAUCGCCACCCUGCCCGACGACGGCGGCGGCGGCGCCUUCCCCCCCGGGCACUUCAAGGACCCCAAGCGCCUCUACUGCAAGAACGGCGGCUUCUUCCUGCGCAUCAACCCCGACGGGAAGGUGGACGGCGUCCGCGAGAAGAGCGACCCGCACAUCAAACUGCAGCUUCAAGCGGAAGAAAGAGGAGUGGUGUCGAUCAAAGGUGUGAUUGCAAAUCGCUUCCUGGCCAUGAAGGAGGAUGGCAGAUUGCUGGCCUUGAAAUAUGCAACAGAAGAAUGUUUCUUCUUUGAGCGUUUGGAAUCUAAUAACUAUAACACUUACCGAUCACGGAAAUACUCCGACUGGUACGUGGCACUGAAAAGAACUGGACAGUACAAACCUGGACCAAAAACUGGACCUGGACAGAAAGCUAUCCUUUUUCUUCCCAUGUCUGCCAAAAGCUGAUUCCCAUGGCGGAUUCCGAGCACAGUUGCCACACUACACUAAAGACGUCGACUUUCCUACUCCUCCCCGAAGUAGCAAAAUAUAAGCAAUUAUUUGCUGAUAUUAACUACUUUUCCAGAUACCAGUUUAAAACAUGAAUGUUUCAUACUGUCUUUAUAUUGCUCUUUAAACCUAUUUGUGCCAGUGUGUGUGGAGGUAAAAUUACUUGGAAAAUGUAUUUUCAAGAUCAAUAACACAUCUGUUUUCUUCUAGGUAUCUAUGUAGAGCUGUUUUAUUUACGUUAUGCUUUCUUUAUGGAGUAAAGGAAAACAAAUCUGAUGCACACUUGCAGCAAUAUUUACCUUUAAAAAUAAUUUAUCUCUUAGCUUAUUAGAGAAUAAUUACUUACUAAUAAUAACCUAAAAAGAAGUCCAUGAAUAAAUUUAAUGUGCAACACUGCAGUAAUAAUUCUAAAUUAUUAAUCUAACGAAAUGUGAAAUGUAUUGCUCUCAUGUAAUGUUUCUGUAGGACUCGGGCAGCUCCCUGUGGUACAGUUUGUAGAACAGGCCUGUGUAGACAGCUGGGAACUCCCUCAUGGUUAUGUCGAUCUUAUCAAACCCUUCCCUGUACCCAUACAGUAGGAGUUUGGCUACGUUGCUGGUGAUGGGAGUAGAGUUUUUUGUCCUGACAAGCUCCUCGAGGUCCAUCCACUCACAGCUCAGGCACUCCUGCUGGCAGAAGCUGAUGUUGAAGGAGGAGGGCUGCAGGCGACAGAUGAUGUACAUGUCCGACUGCCCAAAGGCUCCGGGGUGUUGGUGCUGCUGCCUGAUGCUUAGGAUGGACUUGAACUCUGACUUGAUGCCAGUCUCUUCAAAAACCUCUCGAACUGCUGUGUCUCCUGGGUGGAAAGAGCAACGCUUAGCAUUCUUUAAACACUUGGGAAAGGCGGAAACCCUCUAACUCAAAGCGUUCUCUGUUCUGCUUCGUCAAGUUUUCAGGAUGUAAGUCUGUUUUUCCAGCACAAGGAUAAGCUAAUUCUUUGGUCCCUGAACAAAACUAAUUGCUAAGUGCCUUUCCUGUGUAUAUCCUGCAGAAUUACCCCUUUUGAUAAUACUGUGCAGUAUUAUAUAAUAGUGUCCAUGGUUUGACAUGGACACUCUGAUGGCUGCUGACUCUGCUGAUCUCUUAAUCCAAGGCAGCAUUCCACCCUCCUUGCAGUCCUUUGUAUCCCCAUCCCUCUCCUUGCUUCUAUCCGAGCUGUUGUGUUACCUGCUUCUUUUAGUUCACUUUCCAUAAGAAAUGAGUGUGCUGGCUUGCUUCCAAAAGCAAAAUACAUCUUAAAAGACCUGUAGAGAUUUGCCAUCCUAUGGAAGCUUUCACCUUGGCAUGUCAGAGGGGAAUAGAACAGGCAUUUGAGGGGUAGUUUCAAAUAUUGGAAAUAAUCUGGACAUGCAGUGGCUAACAAUAGAUAACCAAAAUGAUUAAUCCAGCAUUGGCCAAAUUACUGUACGUUAAUGCACAUACUUCUGCCUCAGCUCAGCUUCUAUGUUGCUGUGGAAUGACCUGUGUGAAGUUUCCCAGAUGGGGAAGGACACUCACGUACCAUUACUGACCCUUGCAGAGAUUGCAUUUUAUGUUGCCCAGAGAGGCCUCUGUGGUCCCCUGGUUUAAAACAGUGGUUGCAAAGCAAGACUCCCCGUGUUUUGUUAUUGGGCAGGGGGCUGUAUUACACAGAAGUGAAGAACUGAGAUAAUGAGAAAGGUUGAAGCAGGCUACAGUUAAGGAAAUUGUGAUAAUUAGGGAUUUCAUUUGAGCAUUGAGCUCUGCUUUUAGAUAAAGUGCCUUUUUCUGUUUCCCUUUUAUUUAAACGUGUAUAUAUAUAUAUAUAAAUAUCUACUGACAGUUAAACCAGAAGAAACACUAGGGCUUGAAUACUCAAAUACAAAAAUGUGUGCACUUUGCUUAAUUCAUUAUGAAACUAUUGGUAUUACUUGCACGAGUCAGUUUGUACUCAUUUAAGUAGCCAUGUAUUUUGUCACUUCAUAUAAUCACGGGAUCUUCAAGCCUUGUAAUUGCAAUUUUUAAUUGUAAUUUAAAAUGUAGUCCUUUGAAUGAGUUUAUAAGGUAUGAGUAUGUAAGGAUUAAAAAAAAGGAAAAUUAAGCUCUAUUAUAUUUUAUGCUUCACUAAUUUAUAUCUUCUUGUAAUAUAAGAUGUGAUGCAGAGAAUCAUAACUUUUAUUAUUAUGUAGUUUAGAAGUGGCAGGAGGGGAGCUGUGGGAGACUUGUUUUCUCCUGGGUGUUUUCCAAUACUUACAUCCAGGCUCCAACCAUAAUCUCACCUGUUUUUUGAGGGGUGGCCUCUGGCUUACUCAGUAGCACUAUCCCUCUGGGGAAUCCCACUGGAAUGCCAGUGCUGGCACAAAAAUCCUGCUGGUAUCUCCUGGCCUAGAGCCUCUGGCACUAGAAGUCAGAAGAAGCCUGGCUAGACAACAACCACAGCAUUUGGGAUUCUUCUGAAAACAUGGAUCCAUUUCACUGUUACAUGUACUUGCAUUGUCCAGCAAAUGGUUUUGAUUUCCAUCACUGGGUUUGACAAAAAGACUGAAAAUGAGACUCGGGAGUUGUGAAACUAAAUUCAGUCAUAUCCCAAUAACUAGAAACUUUCUCCAUGUGUUGAAAUAAUGAACUGGAAUACAAGCCCUGCAAGUGUUGUAGGGAGACUGCUAAAAUAGUAGGUAUUUCUAAGGUAUGGAACAGUCAGGAAACCUGGGCUCAAUGCCCAGUUUAAAAAAUAACCAGUCUAUGGAUCAUGAUUUUAAGGGGUGAGAUACAAAGGCAAAAAAAAGCCAAUUUUUCUCUCUCUUCAUAAACAGCCUUGUUCAUUCACCACUGAACAGAACUGCACCAGUGCCUGUCAUCACCUGUGCUACGCUGGGCAGAAAUGAGAGGUUUCCUCAAAUCAGCAUUAUUUCUUAAUACAGAAGAGCUUUAUGUCCCUGGUUGAGUAGGUGCCCACAGGACCGAGCUGCUGCACUUAAUGCUGCCCUGUGCCAAGAGCUCUUAGUCCAAACAAAUCAAAUGAAUGAGGGUGGGAGGAAGCAAAAGUUGUAUUUAAUUCUGGUUUGCAUGUACAAAUGGAGAGCUGGAAAUUUUUGCUCAGUGCAUCACUGAGGUCACUGCCCUGGAUUUCAGUGUGAGCCGAGAGCUCCCUGUUUCAGUUUUAUUUAGUUUAUAUACUGAUUACCUUAAUCCUCUGCACUUCUGGCUCAUAUUACAGCAUAUCCAACAAGCCCACAAAAAGUCAGCUGACUUCAAGCACUCACUUAAGAGAAAUUGUGGAAAAGAGUAAAUGUUAUAAAUACAAAACUUCUUUGCCCCAAAUGUUACCCAAUGUUACCAAUAUAAUGUUACCCAAUUACCAUUAAGGUCACAGGAUCAUGUCACUUCAUCUGCUCACCAUUAAUUGAAAGAAACAAAUUCAAAGGAGUGAUGUGGGUCAUGCUGUAUUUCAGUAGUGUUAAUGUUUUUGUAACUCUGUUGACGUCUGACCUGUCUUCCUAGGACUUACCAAUGUCUUCUCCUGGAUUAGACAGACCUCCUGGAAAUUUCCAUGCAUUUAUAGUCUGUAUUGGAGGAGAAAACAUUAAUGAAGGAUAUAGCCUGUGUUGUACUCUCAAAUAUGAAGGAGAUAAUUAAUAUGUGACUUGUUUUCUUGAAGUUGCAGUAGUAUUGUUAUGACUCCUACAAACAGCAGGAAGUAGGAACUUAUUCAUUCCUGCUAAGGUGAUGAUCAGAGACAGCUACAGUCUGUAUGAACUAUUGGAACAAAACACCUACUGACUGAAAAUACAAACUGUCUAACAGUCAUUAGACAACGUUGCUGCUAGAUAGAGUAGUUGAGUAUUAAAGAAAAGCUGCUAUAGACAAUAUAAUCUUAUAUUUAAUCACUAAUGUAUUCCCCUUCCAUGGUUUUGGCUUUUAAAAAAUGUAUAUAUAUUUAAUCUUACCAACAGGUAUUAUGAUUGUAGUACUGUUCUAUAUUGCACUGGCUUUAAGAUGACUCUGUGUGUCUGUAAUAAUCAUUUAGUGUAACUUGUCAUUUUCAUGGAAUACAAAAACUGAGGGCUUUUGUGUGAUUUAUAUAUAGAAACAUUUAUUGAAUUGCAAUAAAGUUCAGUAUUAGAACGUGGA